GUCGUACUACAUAUGUAUUAUUAGGAAUUUUAGCGCUUUGAUUCAAUCAUUCGAUUUCCUCUCUGACCACCACCAUCAAUAUUGCCAUAGCCCCACCCGUUGCAAUGGGAAGCGACGCAUUCUACUUCAUCGGCAUCGAUGUCGGCACUGGUUCUGCUCGUGCCUCUCUCGUCGCGCAAAAUGGCGAGAUCAAAGCGUCCUCCACAAAGGACACCAUCACCUGGCGCGAUCAUCAUGAUCAUCGCAUCUUCGAGCAAUCAACGAACAAUAUUUGGGAGCAGAUCUGUAUCGCAGUGAAAGAAGUGCUAAAGGAGUCUAACAUUCCCGCGACCGCAGUCAAAGGACUUGGCUUCGAUGCUACCUGCUCUCUCGCUGUGUCAGAUUUCAACGCGAAUCCGAUAACAGUGACUAAAGGCCACGAUAUCGGAAAGAAUGGCCAUCGGAACAUCAUUCUGUGGGCAGACCAUCGCGCUGAGAAGGAGGCUGAACUUAUCAACUCCACUGGGUCGAUUGUCUUGAAUUAUGUCGGCGGAACCAUGAGUCUUGAGAUGGAGGUGCCCAAGAUUCUUUGGCUCAAGAAGCACAUGGAUCCUGCCCUGUUCGCCCGAUGCCAAUUCUUUGACCUUCCCGAUUUCUUCACAUAUAAAGCAACCGGAGAUAGCACACGCUCAUAUUGUUCGACUACGUGCAAAUGCUCUUUUGUUCCCGACAAAGGCUGGCAGCCGGACUUCUUUGAACGCAUUGGUCUCGGUGAACUCAUUGAUGAUGGUAACUGGAGGCAAAUGGGCACCGCCCACGGCCGAGUGCAGGCUGCCGGAAGUCCAGUCGGUCAAGGCUUGACUCGACAGGCGGCUGAAGAACUCGGACUUGUGGAGGGCACUGCUGUCGGAAGUGGUCUGAUCGACGCGUAUGCUGGCUGGAUGGGUACAGUUGCCGCUCGAUACACUGAGAACGGUCAGCUCUCAACCGUACUUCCCUCUCUCGACGAGUCUCGGCACCGUUUGGCCGCUGUCGCUGGAACUAGCACUUGCCAUCUUGUUCAGAGUCGAGAAGGUGUCUUUGUCAAAGGUGUAUGGGGCCCAUAUAAAGAUGCAACUUUCCCUGGCUGGUGGAUGAAUGAAGGGGGCCAGUCGUCCACGGGACAGCUUAUUGACUUUAUCAUCACCACUCAUCAUGCCUAUCCUGAACUCAAAGAACGUGCAAAGCAAGAGGGAAAGGCUAUUCAUACUGUCUUGCUGGACGUCCUGGAAAAAUUGCGCCAUGAGAAUCAUGUUGAUACCUACACGGAGCUUACGAAGCAUAUACAUUUCUAUCCCGAUUUCCAUGGAAACAGGUCUCCGAUUGCUGACCCUCGAAUGAGAGGUUCCAUUAUCGGUCUUGAGCUGGAAUCAUCUAUCGCUGACCUCGCUCGCAAGUACUACCUUACCCUUGAGGCUAUCGCACUUCAAACACGCCACAUUGUCGAGGCUCUCAACACGGCAGGUCAUGACAUCACGUCUCUGUAUAUGUCCGGUGGACAAGCAAAGAAUGUGGUGAUGAUGCAGCUCUUUGCGGACACGUGUAACAUUCCCGUCAUCCUGCCCAAGUCACAUUCUGAGGCGGUGGUUCUCGGUGCCGCAAUGUUGGGAAGGAUUGCCGCGGAGGGUGUCAAGGUCGGAGAAGAUAUGUGGAAGAUCAUGGUCGAAAUGACACCUGCUGGUACCCUCGUGGCUCCUGGUGCUUCAUCGAAAGUGAAGAAACUGUUAGAUGCCAAAUACAAGAUAUUCCGAGAGACGAUUGAUAUCCAGAAGCGAUGGAGACAGGAGAUUGAAGAAGCUAGCGAUUAAAUGUGCAUGUGCAGUCGAAGAAAGCGCAAUCCAGUUCACGAUAGAUUUCUGUAUUAUUGUACCAAUAUUGCAUGGACGGAAGAAUACGAGCUCGGUACCCCAGUCGACUGCGCGACAACUAUGUUCGAGAAUCGGCUAUCCCAAUGAUGCAGAUAUUGUGGAUCGUGAUGGCACCGGUGAAAGUAAAACACACGCAGAGGGAGCGCCAGUGAUGCAGCGGGUGCAGUGUUGGGAGGCAAGAGACGUGGCGUCAGCGAAAGGAUGAAUGUUUGAACUAACGAAAAUGGGCUCCUCGCGGUCUUGCAUAAGUAUGAAGCUUGAACUUUGCUUACUUCCAGAUCAACUUUCUCCUCUACCAUCUCCGAC